GAACCGGCCGGCCCGGUUUUAACAACAUAGCGCCCGCCACAAAUUUCAUUUCCGUGUAUCCCAUAUCUUGCCGGAGUAGAGAACGUGUGGUGGAGCUGCCCACCCUCCUCUCACUCUAAACAAUGAUAAAACCCCAACCAACUUUCACGGCGGCGACAAAUAACACACCUCCUACUCCGGCCACCGCUUCCACUGACCAAAUAAAUAAACGCGGCAGCAAUACUCCAACAACAAUACUUUCCCUCGAUGGCGACAUCAUCUGUACAAUCUUCGCUUUCCUCAACAUGUUCGACCUUGUUCGGUGUUCUCUCGUUUGUAAAUUCUGGAACGCAAUUCUUGAGUCUCGAUCACUGCGAGAGUAUUAUGAGAAGAAACUGUUGAAGAAUUGUUCGAGUUCGUCUGAAUUUACUAAAAAGUCCUUGAGGGUGAUUUUAAGGGAAGUGGGUAUGGAGCAGCAUAGAUUAUCGCUGAAAUGUGGUGUGUUUCAUGUUGAUCAUUGGAAGGGACAUUCAACCAUGGUUUCUCAGUGCCGAAUGAAAAUGGGUACACUUGUUACUGGUGUGGGAGAUAAGGUUAUUCGUGUCUGGUCAUUAGACCGCUAUAAAUGUGUAGAAGAAUACACGAUACCUGAUACGCUACCUCUAGUUGACUUUGAUUUUGAUGAGAGCAAGAUCGUUGGUCUAAUUGGCAGUCGUUUGUGCAUAUGGAGGCGAAAUGGGAAAAGAAGUGUGUUUCCUUCUCUUGAAGGCAAAUUCAUAAAAGGCUCAUGCAUGCGUUACUUCGACCCAGAAGCUAUGGUUGGAUGUGACGAUGGGGCUGUUCGUGUUUUUGACAUGUACAGUAGGAGAUGUUCUCAAAUAAUAAGAAUGCACUCUGAACCUAUAACUUGUUUAUGUUUAAGUGAAGAUCAACUGAUACUAAGUGGGUCCACUUCGGGGAAUAUAACAAUAUCAGAUCCUUCUUCUGUUCAGAAAGUAGCAAGACUUAGAUCUAGUGAUUUUAGAGGCAUAAAGACCUUGUGUUUAAAACCCUCCUCUCAGCUACUGUUUGCCGGAUCAGCUGUUGGGUAUACAUAUUGUUGGGACAUGAGGACAAGGAAACUGUUGUGGAACACACGAGUGAGUCCUAAUGUAGUGCACUCUAUACAGCACAUGCAGAACGACAAAUCAACAUUGGCUGUUGGAGGAAUAGACGGUAUCUUAAGAUUUGUAAAUCAACAUGAUGGCAAUAUUGUUUCAAGUUGUAUCGUAGAGAAUAAAUUGUUGUCAACAUAUCAAAGUCGUCAUUCAGGCUCCAUCCAAAGAAGGAAGGGGAAGAGAUUGCCUGAUGAUACCUACUUAAAUAUUGAUGACAUUCCUACAAAUUCUCGGCCUUCUAUUACAUGCCUCGCUGUUGGAAUGAAGAAAAUUGUUACCACACACAAUACCACCAGGGACAUCAGAUUGUGGAAAUUCAAAGAUAAUGAUACAUUGUAAAUUAUUAAUUUAUGAUCUAUUUGUUUGGAAUAAUGUAUAUUGUAACAAAAACAAUAUAAUCAGUGUAUGCAUUUGGUUUAGCUAUAACCUAUAACAGUUGUCUAGUUUUUUUUUUUUUUACACAAUAAUAACAGUUGUUUAG